GUUGCACCCUGACAGACGUACUAUGGCAUACGUGGACGAGGCUGGAUUAAUAGCUGUGUGCUAAGGGUACUGCCAUAUUCUGAGAGUAUAAGAGGCGUUGGGAAGGAGGCGCUGAGCCAUAAGAUUCGUGCCGCCUAGCGGAGCUUGAACUGCUUGUAAGCCUUACACGCAACGACUCAACGCGAAAGUCCAAACCACCUCGACACUUCCGUCCACCGUCUCCUUGUCCUCUGUCGUUACUCCUCCGACAAACAUCGUCGCCAUGGGUCUCUCUGUCUCUCGUCUUCUCUCCGGCCUCUUUGGCAAGAAGGAGAUGCGUAUAUUGAUGGUUGGUCUGGAUGCAGCUGGUAAAACCACCAUCUUGUACAAGCUCAAGCUGGGUGAAAUCGUCACUACCAUCCCCACAAUUGGAUUCAAUGUCGAGACCGUGGAGUACAAGAACAUCUCAUUCACUGUGUGGGAUGUCGGAGGUCAGGAUAAGAUUCGACCUCUCUGGAGGCAUUACUUCCAGAACACCCAGGGUAUCAUUUUCGUCGUUGAUUCGAACGAUCGGGAACGUGUAUCUGAAGCUCGUGAGGAGCUCCAACGGAUGCUCAAUGAGGACGAGCUCCGAGAUGCCCUUCUCCUCGUGUUCGCCAACAAGCAGGACUUGCCAAAUGCCAUGAACGCCGCUGAGAUCACCGACAAGCUCGGUCUGCAUGGUCUCAGACAGAGGACAUGGUUCAUCCAAGCUGCGUGUGCGACGAGCGGAGAUGGUCUAUAUGAGGGUCUUGAGUGGUUGAGUGCAAACAUUAAGCGACGAGUCUAGACGUAAUCUGGUGUACGGACCGGGUUUUCAAUGUCCAUUGCACGUAUUCCUCUUAUGAUUCCUCAUGAUCUCGAAUCGUCUAUUGCGAUACAUUGCCACCUCAUACUUAUCUUCUCAUUGUUGUUCGUAGUUUCGGUUCUCCUUUUCUCUGUCUUCGGUUCUGUUUUGUCUUAUUUCGAUAUAUUCCAUCGCUGUUUCUUGUCCCUGGAACUUCUGUGAGGUCUUUUCUUCAAAAUACUCUUCCAUGACGUUUAGAAUAAUGGAGAACUGGCAGAAUGAGAAUCGUUCACUUUGGGAAAACGUAUCCAUAGCAGGGUAUAUGUAGCGAAUACAGAAAGAACCGUCCAAUGAC